AUGUGGAUGUAUAUGCAAAAUUUUGUUUUGUAUCGCUUUGCAAUCAUGUGUUGCAUGGAGGAGCUCUUUGCCUCUAGAAAUAAUUUUCUGCUAAAAGCUGAAGAUGGCAAUCGUUCUGAAAGAAAGACAGCCAAAAGGACGCUAUGCAGGGGAAGUUACUGCAGACUAUGGGGCUGCUCUCCAGGCAGAGAUGACUGAGCCAGGAAUGCCACAUGUCACUGUGAUGCUUUCUGUACUUCAGACCCUCCUGGCUCUGUAGACUGCUGCCCUGAUUUCUGGACUGUCUGCCAGGGGCACCCUAUUAUAGCUUCAUUGUUGCUAGUGGACAAGUAUUACAAAUAUUAUCCAACUACAUUUAGUAUAAAAUGUUGCUUCAAACGUGGUUGGUACCAUGCAGAAGGAGCAAUGCUUCAGGACAAUGGCAACUUCUGCAAAUGCAUAAGCAAUGAUUGGAAAUGCUCAGAUGAAACAUGCCUUGUCCAGCCCAAUUUAAUUAAGCAAAUCAGCAAUGGUAACUAUGGAUGGAAAGCUACUAACUACAGCCAGCUUUGGAGAAUGAGCUUGAAAGGUUUCAAUUAUCGUCUUGGCACAUUUCCCCCAUUUGCUUCCCUGUUGGACAUGAGACCAGCCACAGAAAACCUGAUCACAGAAACAGAUUUCCCUGAAUUUUUUGUGGCUUGGUACGACUGGCCUGGUUGGAUUCAUGACCCACUGGACCAAAGAAACUGUGCCUCAUCCUAGGCUUUUUCAACUGCAAGUGUUGCUGCAGACAGAAUAGCAAUUCAGUCCAAAGGCUGCUUCACAGAACUUUCCCCUCAAAAUUUGAUCUCUUGUGACACGAGGAGUCAACACAGAUGCAGAGGAGGAAGCAUAAAUGAUGCUUGGUCUUACCUCAAAAAAUAUGGGUAA